GUUAGACUGCAUAAUAAAAAGAAAUACAUUUAUGCAGCAGCUAGAGCAGCUACUCUCUAUUAUUUCCGUUCCUCGUUAGUUUUAUUCGAUCGUGAUUGAUGGUAAAAAAGUAGCAACCACCAACACCGUUACAACACACGACCAGGCUUUACCUUUAGAAGGUACUUCUCAGUCAUCAAAAAAGUCAACAUCUUCUUUGCUAUUAACAAAAGAAUGGGUAAUCGACAAUCCUGUGGUGGCACAACAUCUUCGGACAACCGAAAUGGCACCACGGCAAGCAAGGUUCCUCCUCCGCCACGGGCAACAGAGGCGGAUCGCGCUAUCCUGCAGAUGAAAGUGCAGAGAGAUACGCUCAUCCAGCAAAAGAAGAAAGUAGCCCACAUGGCCAAUGCCGAGCUCGAAAAAGCAAAGGACUUUUUGCGCGAAGACAAAAAGAAUCUAGCGGCCUUCUGCAUCAAGAAAAAGACGAUACACGAGAAGCUGGUCACGUCCUGUGAUAAUGCACUUUAUGAUUUCAGGAUACUGGAAAAGUAAUUUUAGUUAUAGGUAAGGUGAGACCUAUGAUUUCAGGAUACUGGAAAAGUAAUUUUAGUUAUAGAUAAGGUGAGACCUAUGAUUUCAGGAUACUGGAAAACGAAAAGUAAUUUUAGUUAUAGAUAAUGCUGUUGUUGACCAGGAGACAGAAGUCUCUACUUGUUGAAGAUAUCUUCGGAGGUUGCUUUGUGAUGUUGGGAUCUCGUGUUCUUGGCAGUUUUUUUGUUGUUCCUCUAAUCUGGAAUCAAAUUGUACGAGCUGAUUGACAAUGUUGAGAUGACAGCGAUACAAGCAGACGUGGUAAAGGCGAUGGAAGCCGGAUCUGGUGUCCUCAAGAAAAUGCAGCAGGAACUCACGCUUGAUCGAGUGCAGACGGUGAUAGCCGAAAGUGAAGAGUUUAGGGAAUGGGUACUAUUUCUAUUUGUUUUUUGUUAUAGCGGAUCAUGUAUCCGACGUUUUAGAUGUAGGAGCGUACCAAAAUAAAAAGGAGUUCUCACUCUGUGGAACCCUACGCAACAAGCAGAGUACGUGUUAAAAAAGUGGAUUCUCCUACUCCUCAAAUAUUUUUUUGACAUAAUUUGUUCUUCUUGAGUCGAAGAUAGCAUCAUGAUCAAACGAAAAUCACCCCCCACAAGAACAAAAUUCAACAGAACGAGGAGAUAGCAACAAGGAUGGGAGAAUUCGGCAUUACGAAUGACGAUAUCGAUGCGGAGCUCGCACAGAUAGAAGCCGAGGAAACCAUGAAGGAUAUAGAUGCUAACACGCAGGCAGUCCCGACUGGUGGAGCGCCGGCAGAACUGGCUUCUAGAGACGUAAAGCCAACAAUUCCUGAGGUAGUGGAGGAGCAAUUAUCCUCAAGGGAAGAACAGCAACAAGGAGUAGCAAGAACAAGUAGUGAACAGGACAAGCCUUCUAAGGUGGCAGAGAUGGUUCCGGCUUGAUUCAUGGAGCGAAUUGCGAAAGCUUCAAUGGAUCAAUAACUUUAAAAUAAUGACCGAAACUCAAACUCAUUUUAAUGCCGCUAGCACAUUUACAUCUAAGGAAGAUACGCGCAUUGUAGAUGCAAGAAGAGGAAAAAGAACGACACUGUGAUUUAAUUGGAG